AUGAGAUUGGCUGCCGUGGCCGGAAUCGGUGUAACCAGUCUUCGUGACGUAAAACUCCUAGUGGAACCCUCAACUGUUAUCAAAGGUGGCACCGCAGCCCUCAUCUGCUAUAGAGACAUGCAGGGUGCUCCUUUAUAUUCAGUGAAGUGGUACCGCGGUAACCACGAGUUCUUUCGGUACACACCGCUUGAAAUUCCUGAUACACGAGUGUUUGGAAUACCUGGAAUAUAUGUUGAUAUGAACAGAUCAAAUGGCACGCAAGUACUUCUCCGGCGUCUAGAACUCGGCUUAGCGGGAAACUUCUCUUGCGAAGUCACAGCUGACUCUCCGUCCUUUGCCACUCAGAUAGCUACAAAGUUUAUCGACGUUAUAGCGUUACCAACAACACUGCCAGUGCUAGUGACUGAUAAGGAUCGAUAUCAACCAGGUGAGAUACUCCGCGCCAACUGCACAUCUCCACCUGCGAGGCCUGCAACUAAUCUCACUGUCUUCGUCAACGAAGAAACUAUAAGCGCAUCAGAAACUAGUCUUCAUCCGUCGGACAGCGGGCUUCUUAUAGCGAAAGUUAAUGUAGAACUUAAAGUGACACCUGAAUUGUUUCCUGGAGGUCGACUACGAGUAUCUUGCUACUCCACGUUGUAUGACGUCUACAAUCAGUCUGCGAAGCUGGACUUCUUAACACCGGAAACAGACCCAAGGCCUGAGAGAAUUACUCUCGGAGGUGGCGCAUCUGCUUGCUUCGUGAACUUCUUUCUUCUGUUGCUUCUCUUCUUUCUACCUAUAGUCAUGGCAGAAGAUUAUGGCUUAAACUUAGAUACGUUCGAUAAUCAAUUCUAUUACCAUGAUGACAGCGAAGAAAAUGUCAUUACCUCUUUAUUGGGAGGG